GGCUUUUUCUUCGAGGAUGACUUGGCCGGCUGCUUCAACAUUGCAGUGAGAGACAUCUGCUUCUUGCCGUCCCCAGACUUUUUAGUCUUUGCAGUGCCCAGCGCUUUCUUGUCCUCCGUUUUCUUUUGGCCGUGUGGGGACCCUCGCAAGAUUUGCACCGCGUCGUUCACUUUGAUGUACCCCGUGCCGGAGACGUUGCUCCAUGCGUGCCCGAACACCAUUUCACCGAUGUAAGUGGGGGACGAGUCCGGUGAUGGCGGUGCCUCCGGGGAUACGCGUCGUUUCUUCGCCGCAGGCGGCACGGAUGAGCGUACAGGGUCGGCUGAAGGUGCCUCUCGGUUCGGUUGCGCUUUCAGCGGGCUCUUGUGGUCGUCAACUAUCUCCUCUGUGUGCGCAGCGCGUUUCUGCGGGAUGUGGGAGUCCACUUUCGUCUCUUCAUCGCUGUCUACGAUGACUAUGGGAGGGGAAGAGGCGCGAGACGAUGGGCUUGACGUCUCUGGAGCCACCCGGGCCUCAGAUUCAGCAGCCAUAUCUUCCGCGUCCUCUUCUUCAUCCGAGCUGGCAAAGAAGAGGGGUGGACGCGCAGGUUCUGUGACCAUCUCGUCGUCCGACAUCGUGUUCUGGAAUCAAACGCGUCGCGGUGUGUCACGCCUUACGCGCCGUCACACACCACAAACAUUUUCAAAUCAUCUCUCUUGAUCUCGACCUCCAAAAAUGCAGCGGCCUCUUCCCAUGCAACCGACUGUUAUUCUACUCAAGGAGGGCACAGAUACGUCGCAGGGAAACCCGCAACUACUGUCCAACAUCGCCGCAUGUCUCGCGAUCUCAGAGACGCUGUCUAGCACGCUCGGACCCCGUGGGAUGGACAAGCUGAUUGUGAAUGAUCGUGGGGAGGCGCAGAUCACCAACGAUGGCGCGACGAUUCUCAAGCUGCUGGAUAUUGUCCACCCUGCCGCGCGGACGCUAGUCGACAUCGCUCGGGCCCAGGACGCGGAAGUUGGGGACGGCACGACGAGUGUGGUCUUGCUUGCUACGCAACUCUUGAAAGAAGUCCGGACGUAUAUCGAGGAGGGCGUCAGUCCGCAUAUCAUCAUGAAGGGAUUCGGAAAGGCAUCGCAGAUGGCAAUUGAUCGGAUAAAGGAAUUGAAAAUCUCUGUCGACAAGUCUGACCCUGAAACCUUCCGAUCCCUGCUCUUGAAAUGUGCCUCGACUUCCAUGUCUUCCAAACUUAUCCACUCGGAAAAGCCUUUUUCUCGAACAUGGUCGUUGACGCUGUGCAAUGCCUGGAUCAAGACGAACUUGACGAAUCGCUCAUCGGUGUCAAGAAGGUUGCCGGAGGAGGCAUGCAGGAUUCGCUUCUGAUCAAGGGCGUCGCAUUCAAAAAGACCUUCACAUACGCCGGUGCCGAGCAGCAGCCUAAAUCCUUCCGCAAUCCCCUGAUCGUCUGCUUGAAUGUCGAGCUCGAACUCAAGGCCGAGAAAGACAACGCCGAAGUCCGUGUUGAGGCGGUUGCCGACUACCAAGCGAUCGUCGACGCCGAAUGGGAGAUCAUCUAUCGCAAACUCCAGCUCAUCGAAAAGACGGGCGCCAAGGUCGUGCUCAGCAAACUGCCGAUCGGCGAUCUCGCAACGCAGUGGUUUGCUGACCGAGACAUCUUCUGUGCGGGCCGUGUCGUCGCAGGGGACUUGCGUCGUGUCGUGCAGGCCACCGGCGGUGCGAUCCAGUCUACGUGCUCAGACAUCAAGCCAGAGCAUCUUGGAACGUGUGGUUCGUUCGAGGAGAAGCAGAUCGGCGGAGAACGAUACAACCUGUUCGAAGACUGCCCGAAAGCGAAAACGUGCACGCUCGUGUUGCGUGGCGGUGCCGAACAGUUCAUCGAGGAAGUCGAACGCAGUCUGCAUGAUGCGAUCAUGGUCGUGAAGCGGGCGGUCAAGACUGGGGAGGUUGUCGCUGGCGGCGGUGCUAUCGAGAUGGAACUCUCUGCGUUCAUCCGCAAAGAGGCUUUGGCGGUUCCUGGAAAGCAGCAGCUCGUGAUGACCGCCUUCGCCAAGGCGCUCGAGAUCAUUCCCCGGCAAAUCUGUGAUAAUGCCGGCCUCGAUUCGACGGAUAUCCUGAACAAGCUGCGCAUGAAGCACGAUCCCCGCAACGAGCAGAGGGAGAUCUGGGCUGGUGUAGAUGUUGACGGCGAGACUGGAGUGCGCGACAACAUGGACGCUUUCGUCUGGGAGCCGGCACUGGUCAAGUUGAACGCGAUCAGCAGUGCAGCCGAGGCCGCUUGUCUGAUCCUUAGCAUCGACGAGACGGUUAGAAAUCCGCAGAGCGAGGCGCAAAACGCUGGUCCGAAAGCCCCUCCUGGUGCAGCACAGCGGGCGCUGCGGUCACGUGGUCGGAGGUGAUGAGUGAUGAUUACCUCACGCUGUCAUCGGCUAGAUAUGAAGAAAUCAACUUGUUAUUCUGUACUCCGAUGGCGCAAUGCCGUGCUUCGUUUGCGCUCUCCGUCCGACAUCCUUGCUCAUGCGCCAUUCUCUUUAAGUAGUGCGAAAAUAUGUUGCUGCCGAAACGAUUCGCACACACGAUUAGCUUUCGCCAUGACUAGCUUCUUCCCUGCCAGUCGCUUGUCGAUCCACGAAUCUGUUGAUGAAAAGCGAAGCACGCGUUCGAGCACGAGCUCUGAGAAUCCGCCACUCGGAACGCCCGUAUCGCAACCCGGUGGCUUGUUCUCACGGUGGCGAGGGCCGCCCCGACAGGUGCUGGACCUGGACAGUAUCGCGACUCAGCCAAGUGUCUUCGAUGACUCCGUCACGCUCGAAGUGUAUCGGCCACCCCCGCAGUACGAGAACGCCCACCGUUUUGAUCCCAAGGCCCGGUGGACGUGGAGAGAAGAGAAGCGCGUCGUGCGCAAGAUAGAUAUCCGCAUCAUGUUGUGGGCCGCUAUCAUGUUCUUCGCCCUCGACCUCGACCGCACCAACAUCUCGCAAGCCAACACUGACAACUUCCUCGGGGACCUGAAGCUGACCACGAAUGACUUCAACCUCGGCAACACGCUUUUCCGGCUCUCGUUCCUGAUUGCAGAACUGCCGUCGCAACUGAUAUCCAAGCGCGUGGGACCAGAUGUCUGGGUUCCCUGCCAGAUGAUCGCCUGGAGCGUGGUCGCUCUGAGUCAGUACUGGCUAAAGGGCAGGACUUCGUUCCUCGUCACGAGAUUCCUUCUGGGAUUCUGCGAAGGAGGUUUCAUUCCCGACAUUGUGCUGUACUUGUCUUAUUUCUACACGCGGACUGAGCUGCCCAUCCGCCUGGCAUUUUUUUGGGUGUCCAACUACGUGUCGCACAUCUUCAGUGCUUUUCUGGCAACGGGUAUUCUCAAGCUCCGAGGUGUGAACGGGCAAUCAGGCUGGCGAUAUCUCUUCUUGCUAGAGGGGUGUUUUACCCUGUCCAUCGGGCUGCUCUCGUUCUUGCUGAUGCCUCCGGGACCUACUCAGACAAAGAACAAGUGGUUUCGGCCAAAAGGCUGGUUUUCCGACCGUGAGGAGAUUAUUAUGGUCAACAGGAUUUUGCGCGACGACCCGUCUAAAUCCGACAUGCACAACCGCCAGGGUCUGUCCCCGAGAAAGAUCUGGGAGGGCAUGAAAGAUUGGAGGCUGUGGCCCUUACCCCGAACAGUCCCUACUGGCCCGCCCCAAGUCUACCUCACCCUGUCCCUGAAGCAUCUCGGCUUCACGACGACGCAGGCUAAUCUUUUGACCAUCCCCUCGACCGUGAUUGGGCUUAUCAUGCUGCUGGUCGCUGCGUUUCUCAGCGAGGCGAUCAACAGCCGAGUGCUGGCCACGAUGAUCCUCCAGAUUUGGGCGCUACCCCUGCUGAUUGCGCUGUACUCAUUCAACUCGUUCACAUCACAGUGGUCCUAUUUCACCGUCGUAACGCUCAUCACGGGUUUCCCGUACGUCCACCCCAUACAAGUCGCGUGGACGUCGAGAAACUCGUUCUCUGUCCGGACGAGGACCGUGUCGGCCAGCUGCUACAACAUAUUCGUGCAAGCAGGCGCUAUCAUCUAUGCCAACAUCUACAGGAAAGACGAUGCUCCGCUGUAUAAACGGGGAAACCGCACGUUGAUCGGGAUCUGCUGCAUGAACAUCGUGCUGUACAUCCUCACCUUCUUCUUCUACCGCACAAUCAACCGCGCUCGGGACAGGAAGUGGGAUUCGUGGUCCAAAAAGGAGCAGCAGGAAUAUGUUGAAACGACCAAGGAUGUUGGGAACCAGCGGCUCGAUUUCAGAUUUGCAUAUUAGAUGUCAUGUGUACUUGUAGUACAAGGACGAAAGCUCUGUAAAGAUUAUUUGCGGCGUCUCGGACUGGAAAUCAGAAAG